CCACUAUCAGGCACUCGAAAAGAGUGACCGAGGCAUGGGGAGCGAAGUUGAUCUUCUGUCUCAUCAUCCCAAAAUUCAUUUUUAUAAACUGAGCCCAAAGCAGUUUGGGUGCGGAAAAACCAUGGGGGACAGACGCUGGACUCACAGGCUCCAAAGGCUGUUGGAAGAGCAUCGGCUGUAUCAUGUUAAGACUCUUUGUUCUCACGAUGCUCCUGGUGCACUUGAGUGGCUGGGAUGUAAGAGAGUUGACCGUUGCGAACCUCGUCGAGACGGAGAAACGCUCGUCUUCUGGUUCCAGAGGCUGUGCGAGCUAUGCGGCGUGGACUUGGACAGAGUGGAGAUAUGCUCUGUGGAUGCGGAACCCAGCAUCCAAGAGACCACGGAGCGUUUGGUGGUGUGCGUAGACAAGAUGGGGGAACAAAAUCCUUGGGCCCUCGAACUCGGAUCGCUGGUCCUGUUCUUGACCGUAGCGCGAAGUAAUUCGUGGACCAAAAAGCAAGAGGUGAGGUCCUUGUGCGCGGCCGCUGUCGCGAGCCUGGGGGCCGACGGGUUAGGAUUCGAAUCCAUCUCUCAGUGCAGGGCUUCGCACAACGAAUGUGCGAUUAGGCCCAAGAAGCAGGGAAGCACUCCGGUGCUGAGAAGCAUUAGACCCGAGAGCUACGACACCGUGCCGCCCAAGACUUCGAUGAUGACGGUUGACAGUUUUGGUCAGUUGAGCGAACCGGAGGAGCCCACCCGCUCAUCCGAAAAGUGGACGUUACGCGCGCUCCCAUCGGCAGUGUCCGCCGACAUGCUUGACAUUGAGUCGCUUGUGCGCGAUAGUGAGUCCGUGCUAGGCAGUGGCGGUUUCGGCGUCACGGUGCGCAUCGACGAGGGCCUGGUGGCCAAGGUCAACCUUUUCCCCGAGAUGCUGAACUGGAGCCUGCCCACGGCAGGGGAUGAGUUCACGCGGUACGCGCACGUCGCGACCCAGAUGGAGGAGCUUCUGAUCGGGGUCUCGAUCAAGCACCCGAACGUCCUGCGCACCUUCGGGGGUUUGUGGUGCGAGGCACCAGGAUACCCUUUGGGAGGCAGGGUGGUGUUGUUUAUGGAGGAGGCCGUGUGCUCCCUUCAAGAGUUCUCUGCGCGCAUGGGGCCCGAGACGAGGUACGUGCCCCUGGCCGAACUGGACGUCCUACGCGGCCUGGAAUACCUGCAGUCGAGAGUCAUGCAGCACAGGGACAUCACGCACAGAAACAUCCUGGUGUGUCACGCUGAGAGCAGGAGACCCCUGCCGCUGACGUUUAAGAUCAGCGACUUCGGCACCGCCUGCAACUUUUCCACUCCCGACCAGCCCAGGGGCACACGGGCUAACAGAGCCCCUGAGGUGCUGUGGUGCCUGGAGUCUGACACGCAGGCGGACGUGUUCAGCUGGUACUGCAUGAUCUGGGAGCUGUACAGCGGCACGCCCUUGAUCGGCUACAGGCCGUCCGGACGGCAGAGCGGUUUUUGCAUCAGGACCUACGCAAAGAACAUGUCCGAACUGCUCGGUUCGUACCAGCCUAAACGUGGAGCCGCGCUCUUUUCAGAAUACAUGAAGCGCUUAGACGCGAAGGAACUGUGUCACCGCUAUGCUUCGAGGCCACAGGCCCAAGACGUGACCGAGAGGCUCGAGGCUAUGGCGGCAAAGGCAAAGGAAUCCAAUCGAGGGGGCCCGGAUUCUGAAUUUGUCGCCAUCGGGGCGUUGUGCGUUACGCUGUUCCCCCAAGAGAGGUGGGCGCCGUCAGAGCUGCUCGAUCUCCCGAGGUAUCGGGGCCUGGUCGCCGAUCCCGUCCCUGUGCCGGCGAUGGAAAUUCCCACAGACGUCAGCGUCGGCUGCUACAAAGCCACAGACGCUGUCGCCUGCCAGGACUGCGAGCCUUAUGGGUUUUCCUUCGUUGCGACUCCGUUCGACUCCCAGAGCAAGGACUUUUAUGGGAUCGACUUGCUUCGACUUGCCCCGAAUCACAUACAGCCUUACCGCUGGUAUGCUCGUAAAGCCAACGGGUCAUCCCCUGCUUCACGUUCUCAGGUCAUCAAAGAAACAGGGAAACGCAGGGCGCCAUCGCACCAGACUCCCUGUGAGGGCGCGCAGGCAAAGGUACGUGUCUCAGAACGAGCGGACCUCAGGCACGCUGCAAUUCUAGAGCCGGAUGGGGGCUUCGGGGAAAACGCGGAGCGCGGCGGACACUCUGCGGAAGGGCGACGCCCCAUCGCGCCGAUGCAGAUCGGGACUACGGACAGCAGAACCGCCUCGGACUCCGCAACUACGGAUGGGCCUAGGGUAGUCGUAAAAGGCAUACGCAGAAGCUGUGAGGGAGAGGUCGACACGAAGGUGGUCGUGCUCACGAGGGCUUCUCCAACGGACGUCGUGUGGUUCAGAGAGCAUGUCGUUGAGCUCUCGCUCGAUCUAACUGAGAAGCGCCCGGACUUGUUCGCUGGCCCUAUCCGCGGCCUGUGCAGGAGCUCGGAGAACCCCACCGGCGCGGUGGUGUUCCAGUACGCAACCAUGCUGCCGGACUGCAAAAAGGCUUCGGAGUGGACGCCCGACGACGCGCCGUACUCCAGCAAGGCCUUUGCAGCACAAUUGCUCCUGACGCUUUGGGAGGCUCUGCAGGACGGAAAACUCCCAGCCCGCACGUUAAAUCUGGACGAGGUGUUCAUGUGCCACGGCUGCGCACUCAUUGACCCAGUGGCUUACCUCGUCAAACACUUCGGCAGUCCAGGUACCUUCUUCGGGACGAGCAACGAGGGCCUGCUCGCGCUCUGCGUCGACGUUUUGGGCAGACAAAGCCCUCGCGAGGCAGAGUCGAUCCGCAGCAUCGGCUCGAGCGACCCCACUGCAAUCCUCACCGGCGCACUCGGCAGCCUGGGUGAAAGUGUGCACUCGGGGAGAGCCGCGGUUCCUCGCAGGCUGGCCUUGGACAGCUCCUUCUUCACAUUCAAGGAGUACACGGUCCAGAGAUCCCCGUGGCCAGCUGACGCAUGCCGUCCCGGGAGCCUGCCUGAGUCGGGGUGCGGGCUCGGCCUGCUGGUGUUCGGCGAUCCUCCUCCUCGUAGGGGGAACCAGGCGGCGCAAGGGCCUCCCUCCGAUUCGAAAUCGCUCACCUCCUUGAUCAGAAACCUGACGUUGAGACUCAAGGCGAGACUGUUCGCGAGGUCCAACAUGGAGGUGGUGGCGCUCAACUGCACUGGAGCCCCGCUCACUGUGUACCUCAACAGGGCUGAACUUCACGGCGUCACGGGGGUUGAAGGACUGUGCGCAAACAGGCUGCAGCUCUCCGGAGACGGCAGGUGCUACACGCACGACGCGGAUCCUCGUGUCCGGUUGGCCCUGCUGAAAUGGGCCCCCGUUGUAAUGAUAUCGAAACACGUCUCGAGAGGCCCUGUGCCAGAACUAAACAAAGACUAUUUCAAGAUAGUCGUCGUGCUCGCACGCCUGUGUGGUAGCAAGACUUCCAAGUGCUCACUGGUCGACCUUUUUGCCAGACUAUCAGCCCUUAUCGUCUCGAGUCACCUGCAUUGCUAAGGAAGCCAUGCGUGGACUGAUGAACGCAGGCUCCCACUGCUCGGUCAACAGCGUGGUCCAGUGUUUGGCAGCUUCUAUCGGAGACGUCCUGAGCUCGAGGGGGCCGACGGUAGGCCGUGAGUUCUCAACUGAACACGCGGAGGCUAUCGUCGCCAACCUUGCAAGCCUGAUUACCGUUUCUUUACUUUUAGCUUGCUUUUCCAUUUUUUGGUGUGAUAUCAGGGGUGUACCUUGAAAAACUUCUACAUUUGUUGUUGUACUCUUGUGUGAAAAUAAAAUGUGUUUUGUCCGUGCCUCUGAUUCUUGUAUGGUUGGUUUUACUUUCUAAGGUGAAACAAUUUGUCAUUACUCAUUCCACGGCCGUUCACGAUCUCAAACCCUCUGUCGAAGACUCCGACAGUGAUGCGUCUGCUCAGUCGGGUAGUACGAGCUCCUAUAAACUCAAUGGAUUAUUCCUCAGAAUCAACCAAGAUCUCUUCACUGUAUCUCUGAUAAAAGAAACCCUACAAGCGACAACAAACGAAAGAUUAGUGCUUCUCCAGGCACUGGCUCCUGCAACGUUACCUCUACUAGGUCAGCCCGUAGGACAUCUGAUAGAAAAAAAAAUGAAGGGGCACCUGUUCAUAACAUUGGUACUUCUGACCGUCUCUUGGACCUUGAGCGUGGCGGGUGAGUCCUUCGUAGGCUUUUCGACACUGUUCUGAGCACUACUGCCAGAGGUGCUGCAACGGGUUUAGCGUCGAGUGAAAGCGUAGGAUCUUUUCACUACGGGUUGAGUAAAAAUUUGAUCUUCACCGCAGAACGAUGCAAACGUUGAAACUUUGUUCCAACUGAGCAGUCGGGUUGCAAAGUGAAGAAGCAGGGACUGAGGAGGGUUGUUGACUGAAUUUAUUAUUUUUCUGUGUUCUGUUUUGUUUCAGACUCCAAUGUUACCUGCAUCCUGGGGAAAGACUGCAUGUUACAGUGCCAUUUUCAAAAGCAGGACAACGUGACAGUCGUGUGGCAUAAGAACGGCCAACCCUUUCACUCAUAUUACUACCACACACAAAACACUUCGCAUUUCGCUGGACGACACUCCAUAGACAGAAGUUACUUGUAUCCGGGUUUGAUCCAGCGUGGAAUUGCCUCUCUACGAGUACGGGACGUGGAGCCCGAAGACCAGGGAGAAUAUUUGUGCUACGUUACCGGCUCGAGGGAUCGGUAUCAGACGCGUGUCAACGUAAAAGUGCAAGGUACAAGUGAAAGACGAUAAUCUUUACGACUGCCCAAGCAAAGUAGCAGUAAUUGAGGGUUUUAUUUCUUUCUCUUUUUUUUCUUCUUCAUCAUUUUUUGCAGCAGCUUCUACAGAAAAGGGAGCUCGCACGUCGGCGGAAUUGGACGACGGCCCCGUCGACAGUGCGGUGGAGUUCGGAUUGGAGCGCGAAUCUACACGGUCCACCGAGCCCCCUCCAGCCAUCGGGACUCUGAGCCCCACGACCGAGCAGCUGCCCCGUAACACCAGAGUCUCCCUGGUUCAAACGACUGGACGUGUCGGCGCAGCUUACAACUACACCCUCACUACUCCUGGACUAGACGAGAAAACUACACCGAGGACAGAAGGUGAAAGAUUUCGGCCGUCAUUGUUGAAGCAAACGAUUAUGUUGCCCAGCAAAAAAAAAAAAAAAAUGUGUCUCUAACCUCUGUUUGUCUUUUUCACAGCACCAUCAGUCAACAAAGUUCGUGUUCAGAGAGUGGCCGACAACCUCCUGUGCAGCUUGGAGAGGAUUCACCCAAAACCCACACUAACAUGGGCCACAGAGCCUCCAUCUGACAAGCCCUUAAAAUUCACGACCACCGUCCAGCACACUUCGCAGCUGCUGUAUAACAUCACCAGCUCCCUGAAACCAUCGCUCGAGGAUGCCGGCAUGUUCUACAUUUGUACAGUAGCCAGUUCUAAAUACAGCAUGAACGCAACCAUGAGAGUGGAAAGUAGUCCAGGCAAACGUCCAGUGCCUUGGUCGAAAUAUUUUCUCAUUGCCUGCAAUGUUGUGGCCCUCUCUGCUUUAUUUGUUGUUGGAGUAGUGAGCAUACGACUUAAAAACAGAAACAACGAUAAUGUUACCAGCUUGUAAGGCUCUGGGUACACUUAUAGGUGGAUGUUUCCAACCCGCCAGCUUCUGCAUCGAUGUCAACCUUAAAGGCUCACUAGUGUAUCGUACAACCCUUGUGUUUGUCUGAUCACUGUAACAAUAAAAGAUUCUUGAGGUGA